UUUCCUGGUACAGUAUGAGUAUGUUUUAGAGUCAAAAGUGGAAGAGAGUGUAUCUUCCGUCGCGGCCUCUAGGUGUCUCCGUAAAUCAAACAUCUUUGCGGCCUUUCGUCGUGGCCUCAUCCUAAGAGUCUUGGCUGAACUUCGCAGAGGGAAGUUUGUUUGCAGAAUGACUCCAGGCCACUGGCUCCUCGCGGUCCUCCUGGUCGCCGGGGCCUCGGAGCUCUGUUGUGCCGGACCGCUCCAUGCCCAGUGCAAGGUGGAAUGGUACUUUGGGAUACCGUGUCAAGUGGUGAGCGAGGCCCUGGCCUCGCAGAUCAAGAGGUGGAGCAGCGCGGCCGGCUGCACCACGGGAGGACAGAGGUGCCUGUACAAGCUGCAGUCGGCCACGGUCCACUUCAUAGCCGCCAAGCACACGACUCACUUUGAGAGGAAAGUGGACGAUAUCAACUUCCGGCUGGCCUCCUCUCACUUCUUCACCAGCUGCCACGUGUCGGCCAUGUCCGUCUCGGAGAGCUGGUAUGCCAUUAAAGACCACGGCACCAACUACUGCAACCUCUACAACCUGAUGGAAGGAAGUGGUCUAACUGAAGCCAGAGGUUACAAAGAGGUCACCAGCGACUUCCAGUGCACCCAGCGCUCCUCUGCCGACUGCACUGUCUAUUGACUGGAUACGACUGAUUUUUAUGAAUGGCUGGAAAAAAACAAAACUGAAUUAUUAAAGGCACAAUUUUACCUAUG